AUGGUUGGCCAAUUUUCAACAACAAGGCAUAUUGAAGACGUUGUGAUCACUUCAUUGGAAGAGCUUGCUACCAUGAACCGACCAAUCAAGUUUUUCAAUGAAAUGAAGACGAUUGCCUUAAAUGUUAUUGCAAAAGUUUCCCUGGGUUCCACUCAGGAUUCCAUUCUUUGGUCGAUGGUGAAAUAUUACACAGAAUUGUCUCCGGGUAUUCUUUCCAUGCCCAUUAAUAUCCCUGGUUUUGCAUUCCAUCGAGCACUCAAGACUAAAGAUGAACUAGAUGAAAGAAGACGGAAAACAGUAGCAGAGAGGAAGAAAGGAAUGAUGGAUUUACUUAUGGAAGUAGAAAACGAGAUUGGAGAAAAGUUGGAGGAUAAGCAUAUCAAUGACUUAUUGCUGCUGAUAUUGUUCUCGGGUCGUGAAACCGCAGCGCACACUGCAAUGUGGGUCAGAUUAGAAUUGGUUUUGGAGCACACAAGAAGAGCAACAGGCGAUCAUAAAGAGAAGACCAUCCUCCCAGAAAGUCUCACCCUCACUGAAAUCAAAGAAAUAGAAUAUCUACCCAAGGUGAUUGAUGAGUCUUUGCGAAGAAACUAUUUUGCAUUCGCAAUUUACCGGAAGGUGGUAGCUAAUGUUAACAUUAAUGGUUAUACCAUACCAAAAGGAUGGAAAGUUUUGGUGUGGCCCACGGCUAUUUACAUGGAUCAUAUCGUGAACUCUAAGAGCACGUUUGGUUCGCUAAGCAAAGAUUCAAAGGAGGAUCUUUCAUUCCCUUUGGAUCAGGAAGUAAAAUCUGCCCUGGAGCUGAUUUAG